UAAAUUAAGUUUUAUCAUGAUAUGACCUUCUACAAAGAUGUUCCUUAGGGUCUCAACUACCAUUCUUUCAAUUCUGAGCCAAAUCGAACUCGCUAAACCGGCGUGCUGAAUGAGAGACUGGAGGUCAUCCAAUUUCCCAUAUAUUUCGACUGAACAUCCCAUACAAACCUUCAACUCAUUUGCGCCAGCUCAAUUUUUAACCGAUUGAGCUGAAUCUUUCACAGAUUGUUCUUCUCAUCCAAAGUCACGAUUCUAGAGGGUGCCCCGUAGAAUUUUUCGACAUUUUUGUAUUUGGGCCAGUCUAUUGCACAAUCACUUCGAAGCGCUAUGUCAAAUAGAUAGACUUCUUAAACUUUAAGAAGUCUAAAAAUAAAGUUCUAGCGAAUAAUUUGAGACCACCAACCAGAAACGCUAUAAAGUUUUUACCACAAUGACCAACCCUACUGUAAAUACAAGGCUCAAUAUGCCAAGCCAUGAAAUAUUACAAGAUAAGACAUUGUUAACAAGCUACAGCAUCACGAGCCUAUCUUAUCUAAUCGCACGUGGUUACACACAAAUUUAGCACAAUUCCAUCAAUAAAGUACCCCAAUGAGAAAUUCAACAGCAGAGAUAGCAUCCAUGACAUUUGCGAAAAUAUCCGCCAGAAUGCUGAUUCAUUUGUAGUUAGGCAGUCAACUUGGGCGGAAAUAUCUCCAGUAAAAAUGACAGAUCUUGAAAUUCGCCCCAUAUCGAAUGUUUUAGCAAGAAAAGCCAAGGCAGAGCUGAAUGAAAAUGAAAAACUUAUCGCCGGUGAAUUGGAGGCCAUUCGCACCUGGAUGAAACAAUCGGAACACAUCCGUGGCAGGAAUGAUGACCAAUUUUUGAUUGGCUUUCUUCGAGCUUGCAAGCACAGCAUUCAGCGGGUGAAGGAAAAGAUGGACAUUUAUUAUUCAAUUCGAUCGGUGUUGCCAGAGGUCAUGGCCAACAGGGAUCCAUUGGACCCGUUUAUUCGGAAGGUGAUCAAGAUGGGUGUGUCUGUACCACUCCCGAAAACGAUAAAUCCAGAUGACCCUAAGAUAAUGCUCAUCCGUGGAAAUGCAUUUGAUGGAGAUGUUUGUGAUUUUCCCGAUAUACUUAAGGUAUUCACAAUGAUUGGCGAUGUACAGUUUCGAGACGACGACCAAUUGGUGAUCUGUGGUGAAACAGCAAUUAUCGAUCUGGGUAGUUCAUCCAGCUCUCAUUUCUUCAACUUUAACAUUUCGUUUCUGAAGAAGGCUGCCAUUCUAAACCAACAGGGAUGUCCGUUAAGACAAAAAGGAUUCCAUUUCAUUAACACUCCUAAAGGAUUUGAUAUUGUGAUAAAUGUAUUCAAAAGUUUGAUGACGCAGAAGAAUCGCGAUAAAACGAUAAUUUCGCAUGGAUCUAGCUUAGAAUCAUUGCAUAAGUAUUUCCCAAAAUCGAUCCUCCCGACGGAAUAUGGAGGAGACUUGGGACCAGUGCAACAGUUUGUUGAUGAUUGGGAACAAAGACUGAUUGAUAACCGGGACUAUUUGAUCCAUGAUCAAAGUUUAGGUGUAGAUGAAAGCAAACGAAGAACAACGAAUCCAAUAGCAGAGGAAAAAGAUUUGUUCGGAACGGUUGGAUCGUUUCGAAAGUUGGAGUUAGAUUGAUAAGUAGAAGUAACAUAGGGUAAUUGUUCCCUUCGUUGUGGUAGUACCUAAUGUUGCAGUAGUGGCAAUUGAGCACUUUUUCGACUGAAAUGUUACCAAAAGGCAUUUUUAAUAGAUGUAUUAUGCUUAAAUUAUGAGAUUGCACCAUUUGUGUGCUUAAGAUUUGCCCAAAAACCUAUUAAAAAAAAUAUUUUCCUUAAAUUUUUUGCUGCUGUGUUCCUAUUGUUGCGGUAGUGUUCCUAAUGUUGCGGUAUCCCAUAUGAUUUCAAUGGGAUACCGCAACAAUAGGAGCCAAAAUUAAAUUUUACUUCCAUAAUAGGAACAGUGUGCCUAAUGUUGUGGUAAGCGAUUUAUGAUCAAAAACAGAGAGAAACGAUAGUUUUUAUAUUUUUCCAAGCAAAUUUGGAUAGAAAACUACAAACUAACGUUUUGCAACCCAUCAUUAGAUGGUACGAUCAUUGUUUUUAAAAUGAAUUUACCUUAAUACCACAACGAUGGGCACACUUACCCUAAAUACUAGAAAUAACAGGUGAAUUCAAAAAUAAAAGUGUUUUAUCUCGAAAAUUAUUCGUAAUAUAAAAAGUGGAGCAAACAAUCCUUUCGUUUU